CGCAUCCAGGUAUAAAAAGCAGCCCAGCAGCAGCCGUUUCACCAUCACAUUUCACCAAAACAGCUUCAAUUCAAGUUCCUUUGGUUGUUCUUGCAACUUGCAUAUCUCUUUUUUUCGAGUUCUUUAUACGCAAGUGAAUUUGCUUUUUUGCAAAUCAUUCAUUAAUUUUACGACUUUUAACGACUAUCUGCGUGCGAAAAACACACACAAACCUAAUUCUGCUUACUAGUACAAGUACUGUUUGCUGCACUUUUUAUUUCCAUACAAAAUGAGUAAGGCUAUCGGAAUUGAUUUGGGUACUACGUACUCCUGUGUUGGUCACUUCUCCAACAACCGCGUUGAGAUCAUCGCCAAUGACCAAGGUAACCGUACCACUCCUUCCUACGUUGCAUUCACCGACUCUGAGCGUCUCAUCGGUGACGCUGCUAAGAACCAGGUCGCGAUGAACCCCCACAACACCAUCUUCGACGCUAAGCGUUUGAUUGGCCGCAAGUUCGCCGAUCCUGAGGUCCAAUCCGAUAUGAAGCAUUGGCCCUUCAAGGUCGUCGACAAGGGCGGCAAGCCUCUUCUUCAGGUCGAGUUCAAGGGCGAGACCAAGACCUUCACGCCUGAGGAGGUCUCCUCCAUGGUCUUGACCAAGAUGCGUGAGACCGCCGAGGCCUUCCUGGGCGGCAAGGUCACCGACGCUGUCAUCACUGUUCCCGCUUACUUCAACGACUCACAACGUCAAGCUACUAAGGAUGCUGGUCUUAUUGCCGGCUUGAAUGUUCUUCGUAUCAUUAACGAGCCUACUGCUGCUGCCAUCGCUUACGGUUUGGACCGCAAGAACACCGGCGAGACGAAUGUUCUUAUUUUCGAUCUCGGUGGUGGUACCUUCGAUGUCUCUCUUUUGACCAUCGACGAGGGUAUCUUCGAGGUCAAGGCCACUGCUGGUGACACUCACUUGGGUGGUGAGGACUUCGACUCUCGUCUCGUCAACCACUUUAUCCAAGAGUUCAAGCGUAAGUACAAGAAGGAUAUUUCCCCGAACGCUCGUUCUGUUCGUCGUCUUCGUACCGCUUGCGAGCGUGCCAAGCGUACUCUUUCCUCGUCCGCCCAGGCCAGCAUUGAGAUUGAUUCCUUGUUCGAGGGUAUCGACUUCUACACCUCUAUUACCCGUGCUCGUUUCGAGGAGCUUUGCGCCGACCUGUUCCGUGCUACAAUGGAGCCCGUUGAGAAGGUCCUCCGCGACUCCAAGAUCGACAAGUCCUCUGUCCACGAGAUUGUCUUGGUCGGUGGUUCUACUCGUAUUCCCCGUGUCCAAAAGCUGGUCUCUGACUUCUUCAACGGUAAGGAGCCCUGCAAGUCCAUCAACCCCGAUGAGGCUGUUGCCUACGGUGCAGCCGUCCAAGCUGCCAUUCUUACUGGUGACACUUCUGAGAAGACUCAAGACCUUCUUCUUCUUGAUGUCAUUCCCUUGUCUCUUGGUAUUGAGACUGCCGGCGGUGUUAUGACUCCUCUUAUCAAGCGUAACACUACCAUCCCCACCAAGAAGUCCGAGGUCUUCUCUACCUACGCCGACAACCAGCCUGGUGUUUUGAUCCAAGUCUACGAGGGUGAGCGUGCCCGCACCAAGGACUGCAACCUUCUGGGCAAGUUCGAGCUUUCCGGCAUUCCUCCUGCACCUCGUGGUGUUCCUCAAAUUGAGGUCACCUUCGAUGUCGAUGCCAACGGUAUCUUGAACGUCUCCGCUUUGGAGAAGGGUACUGGUAAGAGUCAAAAGAUUACCAUUACCAACGACAAGGGCCGUCUUUCCAAGGAAGAGAUUGAGCGCAUGGUCGCUGAUGCUGAGAAGUUCAAGGCUGAGGACGAGGCCGAAGCUUCUCGUAUCCAGGCCAAGAACCACCUGGAGUCCUAUGCCUACAGUCUCCGCAACACUUUGGAGGACAGCAACAUCAAGGACAAGGUUGACGCUUCCGACAAGGAGACCAUUGAAAAGCACGUCAAGGAGACCAUCGAGUGGCUCGACAGCAACCAGACCGCUACCAAGGAGGAAUUCGAGUCCAAACAAAAGGAACUCGAGGGUGUUGCUAACCCCAUCAUGGCCAAGAUCUAUCAAGCUGGCGCCGGUGCUGGUGCCGGUGCCGCCCCUGGUGGCAUGCCUGGCGGUGCUCCCGGUGGUGCCGCUCCUGGUGGUGGUGCUGAUGGUCCCGAGGUUGAAGAGGUGGACUAAGGUGUGUCUCCGACUAAGCACAGCAGCACCUUUGACAAUCAAUGAUGCUUGCUAGCAUCGAUAAACACGAAACUCUCUGGUAUGAAUGGGUUUAAUUGGUUUUGAUGAUUAAUUUACUGUUAAUGAAUUUAAUUGAGUGUUAACAACGGUGGGUGGAUCGGGU